AUGACUCCUCACACAGAAAGACCCACGAUCGGUAUUGUCAUACCAGCUGCUGGCCGUAGCACACGUGCAGGUCAAGGUUGCCAAAAGGCCUAUCGCCGAAUCGGGGGCGAUACGGUGCUCAAUCGUGUUCUGAAGCAGUUCCGGUCAUGGAAUACCAAUUGUCCCAUUAUUGUCGUUCAUCAUGGGGAUGAUACAUCUUUACUCCAAGCUUCCAUAGACUGUGACUCCAACAUCCAUACUACCACGGGAGGGGUCGAACGACAAGCAUCCGUCCUACAGGGCUUACGCUUCCUCUCUUCUCUCCCGGAGUGCCCUUCACACGUCUUUAUCCAUGACGCAGCGCGUCCGUUCGCAACCCACCGUCUACUCAAUGAUGUUCUGGAAUGCCUUAUAAAGGAGCCCUUAACAGGUGUGAUCCCCGCCAUCGCAGUGUCCGAUACGCUCAAAAAGACCGACUCAAACGGCCUGGUUAAGACAACAAUCCCACGCGAUGGCCUUUUCCGCGCCCAAACCCCGCAGGCAUUUACAUUACAGACCAUCCUACAUCUCCACGAAAUGGCAGCUACGUCUACUUCAUCGUACACAGACGAUGCCUCACUCUUAGAGGAAGCAGGACUGUCUGUUCGCAUUGUACAAGGCGAUUCGCAGAACAUCAAAUUAACCUACUCUCAAGAUUUCGAAGAAGGCGAAAGACUAUUGCGAGCCAACAGCCCGACCCCCGGCUUGCUACCGGACGUCCGAGUUGGCCACGGGUAUGAUACGCAUCGUCUUAUCCCCGGAGAUGAGAUCACACUCUGUGGUGUAAAGAUCCCACACACCUCCACACUCCUCGGUCAUUCCGACGCAGAUGUCGGACUCCACGCUUUGACAAACGCAUUUCUCGGCACAAUUUCUGCCGCGGAUAUUGGCAGCCACUUCUCGCCGAAGGAUGUCCGGUGGAAGGGAGCUUCGUCUACUCAGUUUCUUAAACAUGCCGCUGAGCUUGUUAAGCAGGGUGGUGGUGUCAUUACGCAUUGUGAUGUAAGCUUUGUGUGCGAGAGGCCGCGGAUUAGUGAUUACCGUGAUGCUAUGCGGGAAUCUGUUGCUGGUAUUGUGGGGUUGAAUAGGAGUCGCGUUUCGGUUAAGGCGGGAACGAAUGAACGCAAUGGGUUUGUGGGGCGUGAGGAGGGAAUAGUUGCAUUUGCUACCGCUACGGCUGUUUUUCCGGGCGGUUUGGGGUUGUGA